AACCACGAGAUCGAUCGAACGAUCAGAGCUUGGUCGUCAUUAAUGUCCUCCGUCACCAGCAAUUAUUAUAAGCUACUGUUCUUCGAGGCCAAGUUGAGAUAAACAAACACGCCUCGUGACGCCGGUCUCUGCUUUCGCUGAGCGUACCAGUCUCCAUCUCCACUGCCGUGCCAUCCCUUCGUUUUCUUGUUUGCCCCGUCCACCGAAAACAGCUACGUUCGAACGAUAUGGUGAAGAGAGAUGUGAGAUUGUGGUAUCGCUAUAAGUAACCAGUGCCUCGCCCCUUGGCCUCACAACAGAGGAAGAUAGAAUGGAAGUGGAAGCCCUUCGGUCUCACUUCUCCCUGCUCUUCUUCUCCUUCUCCAUCUCCUAUGUGGUCUUCGCUGUGUUGGUAGAGUUCUUGAGGAUCCGGCCAUGGUGGUGCAACUGCGCCGUGUGCCAAGCGUACGUGACGUCGUCGUGGGCUGCGGACUUCGACAACCUCUGCGACUGGUAUACGCACCUCCUCCGGACGUCGCCCACGCGGACGGUCACGGUCCACGUGCUCGGCUGCACCGUCACCGCCAACUCCGACAACGUCGAACACAUGCUCAAGACCCGCUUCGACAACUACCCCAAGGGAAAGCCCUUCGCCACCAUCCUCGGCGACCUCCUUGGCCGCGGCAUCUUUAACGUCGACGGUGACCUCUGGCGGUUCCAGCGCAAGAUGGCGAGCACCGAGCUCGGCAGCGCCGCGGUCCGCGCCUUUGCGUCGCGGACCGUUGCCGCCGAGGUCGGCGGCCGCCUGCUCCCCCUCCUCGAUGUGGCGUGCGAGUGCGGUCGGGUUCUCGACCUGCAGGACGUGUUCCAGAGGUUUGCGUUCGACAACAUAUGCAAGAUCUCGUUCGGGCUCGACCCCGGCUGUUUCGAGCUGUCGCUGUCCUUGUCGGAGUUCGCGGCGGCCUUCGACAAAGCCACGAGACUAUCGGCGCGGCGCGCGACGCACACCAUCCCGUUGAUAUGGAAGGCCAAGCGGCUCUUCAACUGGGGGUCGGAGAGAGAGCUCCGGGAGGCGAUCGGGCUAGUAGAUCUCCUGGCCAAGGAAGUCAUCCUCCAGAGAAGGAAGCUUGGUUUCGCGUCGGACCAGGAUCUCCUGUCCCGGUUCAUGGGCUGCGUGGACAACGACAAGUACCUCCGCGACAUCGUCGUCAGCUUCAUGUUGGCCGGCCGGGACACCGUCGCGUCCGCCCUGACAAGCUUCUUCAUGCUUCUAUCCCGGCACCCGGCGGCCUGUACCGCCAUCCGCGACGAGGUCGAGCUCAUUGUCGGGAACAGCCAAGCGCUCCCGAGCUGCGACCAACUGAGGAAGAUGCACUAUUUGAACGCGGCCAUAUGCGAGAGCAUGCGGCUGUACCCGCCGGUGCAGUUUGACUCCAAGUUUUGCCUCGACGACGACGUGCUUCCGGACGGCACCUUCGUGAGGAAGGGGACGAGGAUGACGUACCACGUCUACGCCAUGGGGCGGAUGGAGGAUCUGUGGGGGAGCGACUGGGCCGAGUUCCGGCCGGAGCGGUGGCUUCGUCACACCGGCGCAUUCACACCCGAGAGCCCGUUCAAGUACCCGGUCUUCCAGGGUGGCCUUCGCGUCUGCCUCGGCAAGGAGAUGGCGCUGAUGGAGAUGAAGAGCGUGAUCGCGUCCGUCGUCCGCGAAUUCGACGUCGAAGUUAUCGAAGGUAACCGUCCGCCGAAGUUCGCACCCGGCCUCACGGCCAUCUUCAGCGGAGGGCUCGCCGUCAGAGUCCACCGGAGAAAGGGUGGUGCCUCUCACACGGGCUUAGAUGCACGAACACAAGUACUACGCUGGUGCUAAGUUUUUCAUCAACCGUCGAUUUAAUACACAUUCUUUAAUCUCAACCGUCCGAUGACCUCGGACAAAUCUUGUUUUUGGGUCCCACCUUUCAUGAAACUGGGUGUACGGUCGAGAUUAAAAUAGUCAGCCGUGAUCGACGGUUGGUGAUAUUUACGAUAAAAGGGAUGUACAUUUUUUUAUUA